AUGAAACAUCAUCCAGUAGUUCUCUAUAUUUUUCUUGGUUUAUUUUUUAAUUUAACUGCUUCAAGAAAACAAGUCAAUUUCUUAAAUGAAUCAAAACGAUUAACGCAUGCUAUCAUACAAGGCGAAGUACGUGGUAAUGGUAGUUUACCAAUCGAAGAUAGAAAUUCUCAUUUACUUGUUGAGCUUCGUCUUACACGUGAUGAUCGGCCACAAUCAAUUGCUAGAACUAAAAUAAAACUUCAUAAUAAUAGUGCAACACGCUCAUUUAUUUUACAUUUUAAACUUAAGUAUCCAUUAUCUAAAAUGAAUCCACAUAAUUCAUAUGUACUUUCGGCUAAAAUUCGAAACGGUGAAAAUAAAUUAGUUUAUAUUGGUGAUCUUCCUGUACCAGUUACUGAACGAAAAGAAGAAAAAGCUAAACAUCUAAUUAUUAAUGUUAUUGAAACUCCUGCAUGGCAUAGCAACAUCGCUAAAUUGGAUUUACUAGCUUAUAAAGUCACACAAUUAGGAGGUACUGAAGAGGCAUUCACAAGUGAAUUAUACACAAAUAAGAAGCCGGGCAUUUAUACAUGCGUCGUAUGUAAUUCAACAUUAUUUAGUUCAAAACAUAAAUAUAAUAGUGGUACAGGUUGGCCAUCAUUUUAUCAAGUAGCUGUUGAAGGUAAUGUAGCUACAAAUGUUGAUCGAAAAUACGGAAUGACUCGAACAGAAGUUCACUGUGACAAAUGCAAAGCUCAUUUGGGUCAUGUCUUUGACGAUGGUCCUGCACCUACGUACAUGCGCUAUUGUAUCAAUGGAGUAACGUUACAAUUUUAUGAUGAUAAGAAUGAAAUGAAAUAG